AUGGAAACGCCUCUUUUCAAUCACACUGUCAUCACUGAGUUUGUUCUCCUAGGAAUCACGAAUCGACCUGAGUUAAGGCUGCCUUUGUUCAUCUUGUUUCUACUUAUCUAUGUUGUCACCCUGGUGGGAAAUCUGGGUUUAAUCAUUUUAAUCAAGGCAGACUCACAGCUACACACUCCCAUGUAUUUCUUUCUCAGUAGUUUGGCUUUUGUAGAUGUUAAUUAUUCCUCCACUAUUACCCCCAGAAUACUGGUGGAUCUCUUAUCAGAGAAGAAAACCAUUGGGUUUUUUGGCUGCGCAACUCAAAUGUUUAUGUUUGUUACAUGUGGUAGUACUGAGUGCAUCCUAUUGGCCUUGAUGGCAUAUGACCGAUAUGUGGCUAUUUGUAAGCCUCUGCAUUAUGCUGCCCUAAUGUCAAGGAAAAUGUGUUCUAGGCUAGUAUCUGGUUCAUUUGUCCUGGGUAUUUUCUAUGCAAUUUUACAUACUGCGUUCACUUUUACUUUGACCUUUUGUGGGCCAAAUGUGAUCAGUCAUUAUUACUGUGACAUUCCCCCACUCCUACAACUUUCUUGCUCUGAUACCCACACCAAUGAGAUAGUAAUAUUUACACAAGUUAGUAUAAACUGUAUAGGCACUACAGUGAUCAUCAUAAUCUCCUAUGUUUGUAUCUUAGCCACUGUGUUGAAAAUCUAUUCCACUAAGAGCAGACAGAAAAUCGUUCCACUGAGAGCCUUUUCAACCUGUACUUCCCACCUGAUGGUUGUUAGCUUAUUUUAUGGGACAAUUUUCUUUAUGUAUUUUCGACCAAGUUCCAAGUAUGCAUUGGAACAAGACAAAGUGGCCUCCUUGUUCUACACUGUGGUCAUCCCCAUGCUGAACCCCUUGAUCUACAGCCUGAGGAAUAAACAUGUAAAGGAGGCUUUUGUAAAAGUUCUGAAGAAGUUCCUGUAA